AUGGCCACCUCAGCACCUCACUCACCCGCUCAUCGAGAUGGAAACUCUUACUUCGACACGUCACCCGACCGACCAUCGCCUUCUAAGCUGCUCCGUAUCCAUCAACUACACAUGGACAGGGCGUCAUCCCUCCCACCACGACGACUUUCAUCCCCCGCGAAGAGAGUUCCACAAAUCCGGCCCCGCCUGAAUCAGUAUUAUACGCUGGAUCAUGCCGUCUCACUCUUCAAAUCUUCCAAAAACAUCAUCAUCUUGACGGGCGCUGGCAUCUCGACUUCGCUAGGGGUGCCUGAUUUCCGUUCUGCUAACGGUGUUUACAACCUCCUCGUUGAUUCGGUCUAUGAUGAUCCACAGGAACUUUUCCACAUCGACAACUUCAAAAUGGACCCCGAAGAAUUCUUCAAGCAAGCUGCAAAGGUGUUUCCCAAGAUGCAGGGCCUUGUGCCUGGUGGCAGAGCGGUCGAUUCAAGCCAGUCAGCCAACGACAUAUGUGCUUCUCAGGUUCCAAAAUACAGUUUAACGCACGCCUUCAUCUCUUUGUUGCAAGCGAAAGGAAAGCUUCUGACCAAUUAUACCCAAAACAUCGAUGGACUAGAGCUAGCUGCUGGUGUCUCUCCCUCGAAAUUGAUCCAGUGUCAUGGCACAUUGGCAACUGCCACCUGCAUGAGCUGUGGGAAACGGACGACAGCCAGGAAGUACAUGCCUGUUGUGCGUGCGGGAGGAGUGCCUUAUUGUAAAUGCACCCUGGUUGACGGAGGUCCAAAACCGAGAACGGGCAGCAAGCACCGCGGCCGCAGCGGCAAGAAGAAACGCAAGCGGGACGAAUUCGAGGACACGGACUCCGAAGACUCGGCGGCGAAAACCGAUUUCCCCAAGGGCCUACUCAAACCAGACAUGACCUUUUUCGGCGAGGAUAUAGCAGAUUCUUACGCUCCUCGACUGAAAAUCGAUAAAAGCAAGGUGGACCUGCUCGUUAUUGUCGGCACGUCUCUUAAAGUCGAGCCUGUGAACGAAAUGCUCCUCAAUAUCCCCGUGACGGUGCCACAGAUAUGGAUCAGUAAGGAUCGUUGCCAGCGCGAAGGGGUCAAGGUUGACAUUGAGCUUUUGGGCGAGUGCGACCUGGUCUUGGAAGAAAUCGCGCGUCGGGCAGGCUGGGAAGAGGCGUUGAAAGAGAGGCUCUGGUCCACUGGAAAGUCCCCUAACGCGAAUGAUCCGCUUACAAAAAAGACGAGUACCAAUAAAGAGCAAGCCAAGCAUAAGCAGAGCAAUGCCAAUUCGCCGCCCGCGAAAUCCGAAGGAUCUCUCCAGAUACGCCCGAAAGCGAAUGAAACAGGUAUUCCCAAAGCACCACCCUUCAGGGACCUCGUCGUCAAAGUAAACGACGAAGAGAUCGCCACAUGCGCAGGGACAGAUGUUAAACAGAACCCAAGACAAACGUUAAGCGAAAAUGGAGACGCCAACGUGGACGACGCGAACAAAAGCAACUCGAGAUGCAGCAACGGUACCGCUACCGGGCACGAGCAUGGCAAUAAGCGAGCUGAACAAAAAGCAUCACAGCCUCAAUCACCGUCAAAAGUCAUUGUCGAGCUCGAAGAAGGCACGAGGUCGAGAUGGUACAUCAGACGCGCAAAGUGA